ACCGUUCUUCACUUUCCCGCCGAUCAAAGGUCAGAACUAGAUCUCUUUUUGAACCGUAAACAUUUCAACAAUUUUAGAGACAACAAUGGUACUCUAUGGUGUUUUGUUUUUGCACUUACUUGUCUGUAUUUCUACUGUUUAUGGACAAUGUUUUACGGAAUAUCACUCAGAGAUGGCGUGCGUCGUGCCUUACGGCGUUCCUAUGCACGGGACAUUCUCAAGAAGUUUAAUGGAUUGUGCACGUGCGUGUAGCAUAAACGAUUCAUGUGCGUCCGUUAUUUUAGUAGAAGGAACAAACACGUGUUUUCUAAAUGAACAAAUACACACCGAAAUUACGGUUUUGUGUCCGAAUCCUCAACAAUAUGCUCAGAAAACAGGGAACGUUCAAUGCGGCACCACAACUAACGGCACCACAACUAACGGCAACACAACUUACGUUGGUCCACCUUCAGAAUUCAGCUACAUGGUAUACCCUUACUUCUUUAUGAGUGAGCCAUGUACGAUCAUAGAUGAGUGUUCCCACAUAACGAACUCCGAGUGCAGGGAUUCUAUAUGCCAGUGUAUAUUAGGAUACAGUUACGACUGGACAACGCAGGGAUGUAUUGCAGAAUGUACUGCGUACGGUAACAGUUACCAGAAACAACUUGACACGACCAGUCAGUAUGACAUUUUACUCAACAACCUGUCCGAGUACAAAUGUCUCGUUGAGUGCACGAACCAUCAGGCUUUCACGUGCAAAUCGUUGAUUUAUGACGUCAUUGGAUUAGGAUGUUACCUCAGCAGUCGCACUGCGCUGGUCAAGUCGACAUCAAUAUUGGCUGGGUUCCAUAUGUACCAUAGAGAUUGUUUGUUUGUAUAAUUUUCGUGUAGCGGGCAAAGA